UCAUAGAAAAGACAGUACAUUUUGCUUACAUUUCCCACAAGCUCACAAUGCCCCAUUUCUCAAAGAUCCAACCAUCACACUGAAGACUAAGUCUCUAGCACAAGGGUCCCUCAUGGUCAACCACAUCUAAACUAUGGUACCGGUACCGUUACAGUCAUGUGAUAGAUAAGGGUGACCUGAAGAGCAUCCUGAUAUCCAUGGCUCUUCUGAGACUCAAGUGUAUUGCCCUUUCUCUUGACUCUGCUUUUACUUCAGGUUUUUUUUUUCUUCUCCUUGUCCCCACCCCCUCAUUGGUGUGAAAAUAUCUGUUCUCAAAGAAAAUGGUCUGAUAAGAUAUGGUUUGUCAUCUAACUCUGAAGACACUUCUGUUUUUGGAGGCCUCUGGUCUUAAAGCUAAGCCAUGAUGGCUCCUUUAGAUUUGAUUAUUGAUUGUGGUCCAAUUAGAGCAUCCAAAGUACACAAGAUAUUGCUGAAAUCCAAUGUUGAAACAACUGUGGCUGACUUCUGAAGGGAACCGGUAGGUAGUCAUAAUUACACAGUUCUCAUAGCUCUUUGCAGUAUAAGUCCACAUUGGAAUUAAACCAGUUUUUUCAGGUUUAACAAACAAAAAAACAGAUUCUCCAGUUAAAAUGUGAAUUGUGAAAAGACAGCGAAUAAUACUGAAAGCAAUAUUUGGUAUCUAUUUUAUUCCUUGAUGUGUGUAAUUGUGCUAAAAUGAUUCUUUUGCUUCAGGCACAGUAUGCACCUAUUCUAGAAGGAGAAACAGACGUAGAAAUAGCAGAUGUAAUGGAAAAUGAAUCUGAUGGGAUGAAAGUGGCAACAGUGGACUAGAAGGAAAGAGUCACAACAAAAGGAGAAUUUUGGAUAAUUUUAUGAGGAGAGCAGGAUUUAAAUGAGGCAAACACCUGUAAUCUCAGCACUCAGGAAGCAGAGACAGAAGGAUCACCACUAGUUUGGGGCUAGGCUGGUCUAUAUAGGGAGUCCCAAGCAAACAUGAGUUGCAUCCUAAGACAUAGUCUCAGAAAAUGAAACAGAAACAAACAAACAACAAACAACAAUAGCAACAACAAAAACCUUAAGCAGUGGAAUUAGAGCUGGACCUUGAUAGGUAAGGAUAAUGUGAGCAUUUAGAGGAGAGAGCACUUUUUGUUUUCAGGCAGAAGGAACUCUUAAUCAUAGGAGCGUGUGGGUGGGAUGUGGAGUACAAAACGGCUCAGGCAUGAGUUUCAUGGGAACUGCCAUAGAGCAAGGUGACUUGGUGUCAAAGAGACAAAUUGUGGAGGGCUUCUGAUGAACUAGCCUGCCUCCAUCUUAGGCUUGAAAUCCAUCUUGUAGUAAAGACAAACUGGGUUCAUUUCUGUUUAUGAUUUAAUCUCUGUUUCUCAAGGAUUGGGCUGUGCCCCACCUGUAACCUUAAGUACGAAUGGCUCUGUACUGCCCGUUCCAGGAAGUAGCAACCAGGCCUUUGUUUCAAAAGAUUAUAUGACACCUGUUGUUAUGACCACCUUGCAAUCAUGUAUUUGUUUCAAAAAGUUGUAAUGACCAUCUUGCUACUCAAUUCUUUCAAAAGGUUAUGAUUACCUUGUUCGGACUAUCUUAUUAGGACCACCUUGUUAUGUUCUGCUUCUACAACCCUCCAUUUGGAACCCCCCCUGCCCUGCCCUAUAAAAAUUUUGUCUUCCUCAUGUCCAAUGAUGACCUCUCAAACCCCACCCUAAAGGGAGGCAGCCCCUGCAUUCGGAUAGAAAAGCUUGCAUGAACUAACUUGGCCAUGAUGGUUUGGGUUGGUGAUCUUUCUCUUUGCAUCUUUGGCACUGACACUUCUCAUUGUACAUGCAGUACUUAUCAUUUUCAGAGUCUGGGACAGGGUAAAAGCAGAUCUGUGUAGAAAGGUGAGAGGCCUGGAAACCAAUUUUGAAGCUGUUAGUAAUAAUUGUUCAGGGAUGGGGUGAGGGUGUAAACUGUCUUGCCUAGUGGAAAAGAUAAUGAAGAUUUAGAAUAAGAUUUAGUUAGAAGGGAAAAUACUCACCAACUGAGUCCACAGGACAACUUGAAUAUCCUGAUAUUUUCUAUGAACUACUGCUGAAACUUAAUUGUAGGUUUUGGGAGUAGACACAUAAACUGUCUGCUGGGUAGUCAUUACUCAGGAAAAACGCUAUGCGUGUGUGGUGGUAGUGGGGGUGUGUCUACUUGUGUUUGGUAUGGGUUCUUGUGUAGUUAAAAAUCAGGUCUCUUUCUCAACAGGUCUCACUUUGUUGAGGCAGGGUUUGACAGCCACAAGCCUGUAUCUACUGAACCAUCACCCCAGCCCCCAUGAGAAGAUACUUUCCAAGUGUCUUCCUUCUCUGCCUGUACAACGUGCUGUACACCUUGGCUUGUGGUCUACUGCUGAUUUUUACCUGUGGCUUCUUUCUGAGCUGUGCACCUCAGUAAUCCUUCUGGAAGAUGGCCUGGCCUCCUUAGCCCAGUCUGUGGUGUGAGCACAUAUUAUGCCCUGGACCUCAAUCUAAGCACAAUAGGAUGUUGGUGAUGAAGGAAGUGGGGAGCACAUCCCGUGCUAUGUGCCAGCAGUUUAGGAAGACCUGCGCCACCGGGCCAAGUUCCAAGCAUGGUGGGUGGGAGAGGCGUCAGGCAGGGUCCUUCCUGUGGGUUCACUGCUGACUCAGAAACGAAACCCCCCUCCUCCAGGCCUCCACGGAUCCAUCUGGGGAAAUCCUAAUCCUUUCCCUCUCCCUUGGCAGGGUUCCUGCCACUGGAGCGGGAGGCGGCGCGAGGCGCUUCAGGGACCGCGGGGACAUUCUGUUCGGCGCCGCCGGCCAGGCCAGAGCCUCGGGUGGAGAAGAGAGGGCACCGUGCAGAAGCCAUCGCUCCCUGCAGAGCCGCCAGCGUGUCGGGAUGAAAGGAGCUGCGACCCCAGACGCGGGCUUGACCACGCUGCUCACCCUCCCGGGCCUGCUCUUCAUCGCCAUCCUGCUGCUCCUGGCCCUGCACCUCCUCACCCUGCGCACCAGGAGGCCUGGUGAACCUCCCUUGAUAAAAGGUUGGCUUCCUUAUCUUGGCAUUACCCUGAAGAUCCAGAAGGAUCCAUUAGCUUUCAUGAAAACUCUUCGAAGGAAAUAUGGUGAUACUUUCACUGUGCUGCUUUCGGGGAAGUACAUUACGUUUGUUCUGAACCCUUUCCAGUACCAUCUCCUAAUGAAAAACUCCAAACAAUUAAGUUUCGGGAUGUUCAGCAGAAAGUUAUCAGUGAAAGCCUUCUCCAUCAAGAAGCUGUCAACUAAUGAUGACCUUAAUGACGACAUUCACAGAGCUUACCUGCUUUUACAAGGCAAAGCUUUAGACAGUCUCCUAGGAAGCGUGAUCCAAGAACUAAAAGAAAUACUUGAGCCCCAACUACUAAAAAGCACAGAUUGGAAAACGACAAGACUGUUUCCAUUCUGUAGCUCACUGGUAUUUGAGGCCACCUUUACAACUAUAUUUGGAAAAGUUCUUGCUGGUGACAGGAAAAAAAUUAUCAGUGAACUAAGAGAUGAUUUUUUAAAAUUUGAUGAUAUGUUCCCAUACUUAGUAUCUGAUAUACCCAUUCAGCUUUUAACAAAUGUGAAAUCUAUGCAGAAGAAGCUUAUAAAAUGCCUCUCAUCAGAAAAACUAGCUCAGAUGCACGGAUGUUCAGAAAUUGUUCGGGAAAGGCAAGAUAUACUGGAGAAACACUAUAGGCGUGAAGACUUUGAAAUAGGAGCACAUCAUCUUGGCUUUCUCUGGGCCUCUCUGGCAAACACCAUUCCAACUAUGUUCUGGGCAAUGUAUUAUCUUCUUCGGCACCCAGAAACCAUGGAAGCACUGCGUGACGAAAUUGACAGCUUCCUGCAGUCAACAGGUCAAAAGAAAGGGCCUGGACUUUCCAUCCACUUCACCAGAGAACAAUUGGACAGCUUGGUCUGCCUGGAAAGCACCAUUCUCGAGGUCCUGCGGCUAUGCUCCUACUCCACCAUCUUUCGUGAAGUGCAAGAGGAUAUGAAUUUCAACUCAGAGACUAGCAGUUACUGUCUGCGGAAGGGAGACUUUGUGGCCAUCUUCCCUCCAAUCCUACACACUGACCCAGAAGUCUUUGAAGCUCCAGAGGAAUUUAGGUUUAAUCGAUUCAUAGAAGAUGGCAAGAAGAAAACAACCUUUCUCAAAGACGGGAAAAAGCUGAAGUACUGUGUUCUGCCGUUCGGAUUCGGAGCCAGCAAAUGUCCAGGCCGAUAUUUUGCAGUUAAUGAAAUAAAGCUACUAUUGGCUAUGAUUUUAACUUAUUUUGAUUUAGAAAUAGUUGACAAGAAGCCUCUAAGACUCAAGUACAACCGUUUGUUGUUCGGUAUUCAGCAUCCCGAUUCUGAUGUCUCAUUUAGGUACAAGGCAAAAUCUUGCCAAAUCUGAAAGGGUGGCAAAGAAGUUUAUCAGAGUGGAGCUACAUGUGCUGAGCUCCGUGGUUUGAUGUAGUCCUGCAAACGCAACUACUAUGUUUGUCUGUUUGAAAAUGGCAAAUUUAUAUUUGAUCCGAGAUCAAUUCAGUUUGUUCUUGGUGACAAAAUCUAUCAUAAAAUACAGCAGGGCAGUGGCAUAAAAAAAUGUCAUGGCAAUCAUUUCAGGAUAAGUUCAAAGUAACAAUUUCAACUUUGUUCUUACUGCAUUUUUUUUAUCAUUUGUUGUGAAUGUGCUUUUCCAGUAAUAAAUUUGGCCCUGGAUGAUAUUUUUUAAGUUACUGAAAUCCUCUAAUAUGAUUUUAUGUUCUGCCGGAAAAGUGUGCCAUUGGACAGUCUAACAAUUUCCAAAUUCUCAGAGGAAAAGGAAAUUAAAUCCCACAAGUUACACUGUAUGAAAAUGUUCCCUUCAAGUAGAGUAUCAAAAAUGUCCUAUCACUGGGGUACCUUUGCAUUAAAUGAGUUUUGCAAUAGAUUAAAUGUUCCAACUUCCCUUCAAUAUUUAAUCAUUCAUAAAUGCUCUUUAUAACUUUGUAUUCUACAGCUCAAUAGAACAAAAUUUCUUGUUAUUUAAGACCUCUCAUGUUCAAGUUAGAUACUGUUAAAAUUUAAUAUAUAAGAAAACACAAAGGCUAUUAUAUAUUCAGCAAUUGCUUGAGACAUUAGUAUUAGGUUUAUUAUGGAGGGAAAUGUUGAAGUCAUUAUAGCAUUGAUGGUAGUAUUGGUCUUUAGUAUAAAUUGUGUUAUUCUAAUACUGCAAUGAACCCUUUUCUAAAUGUUUCCAUUUAUAUAAACUGGGAAAUUAGAUAGUACUAUUUAUCUACAACCUUUUGGACUUAGAGGUUAGUUGUAUUAUUUUGGACAAGCACAUUAAACUAUACAAAAUAAUUUCAUAUGACACAAUAUAGCCUGUAUCAAUGAUUAAAAGAUUUCUACUAUCAAAUUUCCCAGUGAUUGACAUUUGGCAUAAAUGGAGAUACAAAAUGCAAACUCACAGGGCAAAUAAUUAAGCCAGAUUAAUUCAUGCUGCAUUAAUUAGAAAUUUUAAUGCUUUGGGAAUUUUCUAUUGGUUUUACAAAGGAAAUUGAUUUAAAAUAUCACUCUAAAAUACCUUUCAUACUAGGUAAAUACAACAUGGUAGCAUUUCUUUUCUCCUUUCUAAAGCAUAUGCUCAUUGAAUGGUGCUUGCAUGAAGGUUUACUGGCAUGAAUUCUGUUUUUGCUUGAUUGAGGUUGCUUUAUUUUCAAUUUCCUUCCUUUAUUAAAAAAAUUGCCAAAUGACCAUUUAUAACUACAUAAAUUCACAGAACACAAAGUGAGGUUAUGGCUUAUGAAAAUGAUGUGGAAUGAUUAGACCAACCCAAAUGAUUAAAUCAACUCAGAUACUUAACACCUGUUGUAAGAAUAUUUGAGGUAUAGUCUCUUAGCAUCUUUUAGCAUACAGUGCUCUCUUGUUAACUAUAUUAACAAGGCAAUGUGCUAAAACCUUUCCCACAUCCCCCAAGAAGACCAUGUUCCUCCUGGCUGAGAUUUUUAUACUUUUUGAUCAUUUCUCCUACACUUCCCCAACCUCCAUAAUCACCAUUUUCACUCUGUACUUUGGUAAGUUUAAUUAUUUUGAAUUUCAUGUAUUCUAAUUUUUUUCUUGCUAUGACAAGAACAUUGUGGUCAACAGUAACUUGUGGAGAAAAGAAUUUAUCAGGGGCCACACAUCCAAAUUACAAUCCAUUACUGAGGUCAAAUCAAGGCCAGAACUCAAGGCAGGAACCUGAUACAGAAACCACAAAGAAAUGCUGCAUACUAGCUUGCUCACUGGCUCAUUCUUAAUUAAUUUUCUUGUUGGCCAAAGUCCACCAGCCCAGGAAAUGGUAGAGCCCAUAGGACCUGGACCCUGCCAAAUUAACCAUUAAGGCAAUCUUUCAUAGACAUGGCCACAGGCAUCUGAUGAAGGCGAAUCUUCAAUUGAGGUUCCCUCUUCCUAGAUAUUCUAUAUUGAACCAAGAUGAAAUUAAAUUAAAGCAAAUACAUGAGGUAGAGUACCUGGUAUUAGUCUAUCUCUGCUUGGUUCUACUUCACUUAAUGUUCUCUAAAUCUCUCUAUGUUGAAUCAAACAACAGAAUUUGUUUUGUUAAGGCCAAGCACUAUUCCAUCACAUGUACAUACCACAUUGCCUCUAUUCCUAGGCUUUCUCUAACCACCCCUACCUCCUCCAUACAAUUUCAUGACACCCUUCGUUUUCCUGAAAACAAAGGACAUGUGUGAUGUCCCAUCCUCAGGCCCAUCUGACCCUCUUCCUUCGGAGAGUCUCUCUGGUUGAUUUGGACCCACCAACUUGUCGGCUUUCAAAUUUUCCAUCUCAUGUAAUUUCUAAGUUCAGUGAUUGAAUGUCUCAGUUGAUAAUUCUUCGUUCUUCCUUUCUACCUGGUCAUAUUUUGUAAAUCUUGUUCCUCUAAUGUACCUUCACUGUCUCUUUAACUAUAGUCGGCAUGGUUUAUAUUCUGUACCUGGCAUCUCAAACCCACUCUUAUUUUAUGGAUUUGAUUCUGUAGUCCCCCUUUCCCGCAGUGCUUCUGAUGGCUUAACUACUGAGCCUCUGUUCCUUGUAAUUUUACUUCUGAAAAGUGUUUUUGACCGGGGUUUAAUGUCCAUUCCUCAACGUAUAACUUGUGUUUGGUUUUUGUCUUACUGUUUAUGUUUCUGUCUAAUUCAGAUUACUGGGAAUGCUCACCUGGAAUAUUUGGGAGGUGACAUGGUACACUGCUAAGUAACUGUGAAUUCCAGCCUUAAAUGAAACACUGUGAUUAAGGGUGUUUGGUUUUGUUUGGGGUGUUUGCUACGGUUUUGUUGUGUGUUUGCUUGCUUACUUGUUUGUUUGUAAGAUAGGGCCUCAUUAUGUAGCAAAGAUACAUUUACCAAGGUCUGCCUGCCUCUGCCUCCUGGGUGCUGGGGUAAAACUUAAAACCCAUGAUCAGGAACAGGCAGGUGGACCAUUUGAUUGCUUCUUUGUUUCAACCAGACACAGAUUAAGACAUGAAAAUAUGUCUAAUCCUGCACUGUAGAGCAAUGUUUCUAGUCCACCCACCAAAUAUGUUGGCUCUGAAAAUUACUGACUCUGUGCAGAAGUCUUGGAUUUUAUACACACACAUAUACACACACACACAUGCAUGCUUAUGCCAUGUUGAGCCCUAGACUUUCUCUCCUACCUGCCACAAAAUACAGUCUAUUUCAUUUGUAUUAGGAUAUGGAGUCUGCCUUGAUAUCUGAAUGGAUAUCCUCCAUAUUGUAAAAUUCAACAAGCAGUAUACUUUCAUGAUAUUGCAGCAGAGAAAACCACAAGAAAUUAUUGCAUCCUAACUUCUGCUUAAUAUAUACUUAAAAGUGUAUAUACAAAUUUUAAAAAAAUAAAAAGAAUGAUUGAAGAACUAUUAUGUGAAAUAAUUAGAAAGAAGCGAGGAACAUACCUGCAACCUUAGCUUUCGGGAGGCUGGGAUAGUAGGAGCCUCAAUUCUUAGAAUAAAGUGAAACCCUGAUAUUUACCAAAAAAGAAAGAAAGAAAGGAAAGGAAAGGAAAAGAAAGGAAGAAAGGAAGAAAGGAAGAAAGGAAAGAAGAAAGAAAGAAAGAAAGAAAGAAAGAAAGAAAGAAAGAGAGAGAGAGAGAGAGAGAGAGAAAGAAAGAAAGAAAGAAAGAAAGAAAGAAAGAAAGAAAGAAAGAAAGAAAGAAAGAAAGAAAGAAAGAAAGAGAGAAGAAAGGUCAUGGGAUCUAGCUGCCUUAUUAUCAUCAACACAUGUGAACUUACUUUGAAAAGAGAAUUAGAAAGUUUAACAGACACUUAAGCAACUUUUUGUCUUUUAAAAGUUAUUUUGGGGGCGGGGGAAAGGGAAGAGAGAUAGCUCAGCACUUAAAAGCACUUGCUGCUCUUCCAGAGAACUGAGUUUGGUUCUUAGCACCCACAGUAGGCAGCUUAUAACUCAAGCUCUAGGGGAUCCAACACCCUUUUCUGACCACCGUGGCUACCCACACACAUAUGGCAUUCAUAUAUGCAGACAUAAGCACAUACUCAAAAAUAAAAAAUCUUUUUAUUUUUAUUAGUUCUUUGGGAAUUUUGUACAAUGUUUUUUGAUCAUAUUCCUCACCUUCCCCCAACUUCUCCCAGAUGCAUCCCCCUUGCCUACCUGGCCAACUCUGUGUCCCCUUUUUCCAUCAGGUACAAUUUGUACUGCCCUUAUAGUCUUGGGUGUGUGGCCUUACUGGAGCUUGGUUGAUCCACCAGGGGCAAGACCCUUAGAGAAACUUCCAUUUCCUUUUCCCAGCAACUAUCAGUUUCCAGUUGCAACUUAGCUAGGAGUGGAACGGGACUCCAUUCCCAUCUCCCACAGGUCUUGUACAUGCUGUUACAGCCACUGUGGUUCAUAUCUUCAACUGUACUGGAAUAUCCAGUCAAUACUGUUUUCUAGUAGUCAUCAACUAGCCCUGGAUCUCACAAACUCUCUGCCCCUUCUUCUGCAAUCAUCCCUGAGCCUUGAAAGGAGGAGUUGUAAUACAGAUGCUCCACUAGGGCUGAACAUUGCACAAUCUGCUAUUGUCUGAACCUUGACCAGUUGGGGUCUCUGUGAUAAUCACAAUCUAUUGGAAAAAUAAGUUUCACUGAUGAUGGUUGAGAGGUGCAUUAAUCUAUGGGUAGAACAAUAAGAUAAUAGGAGGUUAUUUAAUACAUCAUGUUAAUUCAGUUGAGUAGUAGGAAUAGGUUUUUUCCUACGUCACAUGUCAUGUAUAUCCACAAGUUCUUGAUUCCAAUAACAGUGCCAAGCAUGGGUUUCAACUUGUGAAGUGGACCUUAACUCCAACCAGAAAGUGAUUCGUUAGUCCCAUGGUGUUUGUGCCACUCAUGCACCCGUCAUUAUUGGAGCUCAGCUGGGUAAGAUUGAUGACUACUUUUCCCCGCUGGUAACACUCCUAGCAUCUUCCAGCACUAUGAAAGCUAGCAAUUGGGAAUGAAGUUUCCAGGCCAGCUUGGUUUGUCCAUGCUGUGUCUCCCAAUUAUGUAGUGUCUUUAGAAGUGGGAUUUUACUGUCAAAUUCUAGAUGGUAUCCAAGAACAUUGCAAUAACUGUAAUGUUAUGGGUCCAUGUGACCUUAAUGACUAGCAAUUCCAAAGGAGGUAACCUAUUCUUGGCACUGAGUGGGGCAUUUUAUUUGUUGUUUCAUGGUAUAUAGUUGGCAUCUUGUUGCCUCAUGAUAUAAUAACUCCAUCAAAAAUCAUUUUAUAUAUGAGUAUGCUUAUAUUUUAGGAAACUUCUAAAGUAGUAGGUCAUGUGUUUGAUAUGGGAAUGUUUUAGAGUUAUUGUUUUCUCAUUCAUUUAUUUGAACAAAUAUUUAUUGAGCAUUUCCACUAGUUAGAUAUAAUACUGUGCAAUGGAUUAACAUUCCCCUUCAUGAAAAUCCUUUUUUUGGAGAAAAUGAUAUAUCAAUAACUUACCUGUUGCCAGUUUGGUUGUAAAGAAUAAAUUUCUCUUUUUAAAAUUAUUUUAAUACCUGAUUUAGUAUAUCAUCUAAAUAGCCUUUUCCAGCAACCAUUAUAAAGUAGUGUUCCAUAAUAGAUUAUCAUAUACAAAUUGCACAAGCUAAAAUAUUUAUAGAAGGACUAUGGGGUCACCAAGAUGGUUCAGUGAAUAACUCUGCCUGCACUCAAACCUGAUGACCUGAAUUUCGUCCCUGGGACCUUACAUGGUAGAAAGAAUUGACUCCUACAAGUUGUCCCCUGUCCUAUAUACACACACUCACAAUCACACACACAUAUACAGACACACACACACACACACACACACACACACACACACACACACACACACACACAUACACACACACAGGUGUGAAUAGACACAUACAUAUAAUUAAUUAGUACAUGGAUACAUGUAAUUUUAAGGUAUUGUGAUGGUAUGAUUAAAAAAAGUAUAGCCAAAAACAAAUAGUCGUUGAGUCUUCAGAAUUUUGUAACUAUUUCAUAUAUCCUAAAUUUUCUUUUCAUUUUCACAGCUUCACCCAAGUUUUGAGUAAAUGGAUAUAUACUAUUGUUUUACAUCUGUGACCAAGUAUAAUUACAUAUUUGAUUGGUUAGCAGAGACUAAAUGCCCUGUGAGGCUCUUUAGCACUAUUUUUACUAAGUAAGGCACGUUGAAGAGCAAGCUUUACUGGACUUUCCAUCUGCUUUGUCCUGGCCUCCCUGACCCUGUUGUUGUACCAGCUGCAUUUUUUAUCAGAUCUUGGGUCACAAAGUGAUACUCAUAAUUCAAAUACACACUGUUCAUCUGUGCUUAUGUCAUCGUAAAAAGUUAUUUGAAUAAUAUUUCCUUUAAACAGCUUCUCACUUAACAAUAUAAUCUUAAAAUUUCAUCAAAGACCAAAGCACAAAAUAUAUUCAGGUUUUAACUGUAGAAUAGAAUGUAACGUACUGUGUAGAGCGUAGUUUCCCAGCUUUAAAAUGUGCACUUUGUAACCUGCUGAGUUUGUCAGUGUUGCAAACUCUUGUUUAGUUGUGCUACGUUAUUAGGAAUUUGUGCGUGAAUACUCAAUUGGGAAAAAGUUAGCCUGCAAGAUUACUCUCUGUAGCACUAUUUUGAGUUAUAGCGAGCAAUUUAAUAAAACGGUAUCACUUACUUAACACAAUCAUUACUUACUCUUCUUACAGUGUUAGAUCAGUGACCAAUGAGUUUUGAACUUUUUAACUUGAAUGUAUUUUUCUAUUAAAUUUCUAGAGCAGAUAACAUUUAAUUCAUGAAGAAUUCAAGCACACAAUUUUGAAUAGCUGAAAAUUUGUCAACAGUUACCCUUCAGGAUGUGUUUAGACUGAAGUGUUCUAAAAAUAUGAACUAUUGUCUUGAUACGUUUGCUUACUAUGUUUGAUUGUUAAAAGAUACUGACAAAUCUAUAGAAAUGCAAGUUAUCUUAAAGAAGUGUUGACUAAAUUCAAAUAUUGUACAAAUGAAAUAUUUAAUGUUAAUUUACAAUUUAAAAAAUCAAUAAAUCAACUUUUAAAUCACA